AGCUCCUGAAACCUAGAGCGUGUUCAAGAAGAAGCAUAGGUGGCGUGCAGGAAAUUUUAUUUUUUUUAUUAUUAGCGAAUUUUAAGAAAUAACUUAUUUUAAACGCAAUGGAUGACGUAGAUUACGAUAAUGAUGAUGUUGGUGGCGACGACUUCGACGAUGCGGAUGAGGACGAGAAUAUUGACGACAUCAAUCAGGAGGAAGAAGUCGACAAUAUUGAGAUCAUUGCGCCCGGCAAUGCGGGUGGUGGAGUACCGAAAUCAAAACGAAUAACCACCAAGUAUAUGACGAAAUAUGAACGUGCUCGUGUUUUGGGCACACGUGCCCUCCAAAUAGCGAUGUGUGCGCCGAUUAUGGUGGAGUUGGACGGCGAAACCGAUCCGUUGCAGAUUGCGAUGAAGGAGCUAAAGCAAAAAAAGAUUCCGAUCAUUAUACGCCGCUACCUGCCCGAUCACUCCUACGAGGAUUGGAGCAUUGACGAACUCAUUAUGGUGGACAAUUGAGACCACUUCAUUGGGGGAUUUAAUAGUAAUAAGUAUGGGGUGGGUUUUACAAAAACAAUUAAAACGCGUUUAUUAUGCCGCAUAAA